UUCAGCGCUCGGGAUCUGCCGUAUCCGCCUGAAGAAGUCCAUCUAAUUCACAGGGUACUAGACCGAUCUCUUGAGCUCAGCGACCUGACCGAGCGCUCACAUUCUUCUCCUACAACUAGCCACUUCUCGAACUGUACUAGUAGCUACAGCAUGGACAGAACUCAUGGGACGUCGACUCUGGCCGUGUUUCUCAGUGCCCUGUGCAUCCUUUCGUCGGGAUGGUUGAGCCCUGCGAGCGCCAUGGACUUCAAGGCCGUCAAAUUCACAUACUACCUUCACGACAGCUUCGUGCCGCCAAACGUUACCGUUGUCGUGGUAGCUGGCGCCAACGCCACCUUGACUGGCGUACCUACACUAGGCGAUAUCAGCGUCUUCGACAGCAUUCUCAAGGAGACAGCUUCCAAUGCUUCAGCUCAAAUCGGGCACAGCUCGGGAGAACUGGUGUCCCUCAGUGAUCCAGCACAGAAUUUCAUUACCUUCGUGCAGGAGAUCACAAUCCUCGGCUAUUCCGGAACGAUCUCAGCCUCCGCAAGGUUCAACUUCACCGCCUUAUCUUGGGAGGUGGGCGUCAGCUCUGGCACGGGUUCCUUCAGAGGAGCGAUGGGCUACUUCAGAGUCACCAUAGUCUCUCUGGACCCAUCUUUUCCCGUUAUCAAGUACGAAGCAAAUCUGAUACUCCCGCGUCACUAGAAUUGACGUCAUCGUUUGCGGGGCGUUCGAAUGGAAUACAGAUUAGGUACUGUCUGUCUGUUAUUCGGCGCAUUCGUGGAGCUCGGGAGCUGGAGGCUGCGCUCGUUCCCGUUUAAUUUUUCAGGAAGAAGUUAAUUGCACAGUUAUGCACUUGGUAGCUCUCAGACAUCAUAUUGAUUCCUCUGAUACACCUCUUCACUUAUUAUUACUUCCAGCUAGUUGUGCCCAUGCGUACAUGCGUAAAAUAUGCACAAAGAUUUCAAUUCCAGAUCAUUGAAAAUCUACCAUGCAUUGAAGAUA